CGCUAACGUUGCAUCCGCGCGGCGUCUGCAGUUUUAUCAGCUUCGCCCUGAAAACAGACGGCGUCGGCGAGUUGUCGAAAAACAGCCUAAGAUUAUGGCCGAAAGCGACUCCGGUGGAACCUACGAAUUUGAUGCCCCGUCCCACGUAGUCGACCUCAGAGACAUGGAGGAUGCAGACAACGACGAUAAGUGGUUUGAACAACAGUCCGGGGGAGCAGAUGGUCACCUUACUACACCUUCCAGACCUGACUGGCCUUUUAUGAGAAGCGAUAUGCCCAACCUGCCUAGAGCCAUUGUAACUCCUCAAGUCAAGACAGAUGUGGAAUCUGGUCCUGGCACCUCCACCUCCAGGCAGGUGGCUCCAUCUCCACCUCCAAACAUUGUCACAUCAUGGGGUGCUGAAACUGAUGCUCAAACAAGGAGGAGGACCGCUAAUCAACCUCCUGCCCAACCACGCAGGGUUUCAAAACGUAAAGGGAUAAACAGCGGUACAGCUCCACAGUCAGCAGCACCACCACCAACAAAGAAACACAAAACGAGUCCUGUUGUCCAACCAGGUCGGAAAUCCAAUAGCAUCCUGCGCAGGAGUGGGCAGCAGAAUUCCAGGGCUAGUCUCCGCAGGAGUGGGCUGCCAAAUUCCAGAAGUGCACCCAAGACCCGGGCAGCAGCUUCCAAUACUGCAAACCCAGAGACAUGUAGCUCUGAAGAACAGGAGCUAGAGCGCAUCAGGAACCUCCAGAAGGAAGUGGCUCUGCAUCGCAAGAAGAACGAGGCCAGCUACAAAGCUGCUCUGGCUGGCAAUCCACCACCAAAGAAGGCAGCAAUGUCCACAACUGUGCCUAAAGAAUUCCAUUUCAACACAGACGCUCGCGUUAAGUCGUCCGCUUCAUCCAGUACAGGUCACAAGGAAGUGGACUUUGUUGGUCAGCUUCGCAAACCUUCCUCCCCUGCAAAGGUCAAGAAAGGUGCCACAGUACCCAAACCCUUUAACCUGUCAACAGGCAGCAAGAGAAAGGCGGAGGGUCCAGAUGCAUAUGUGCCCAUGGCUCAGCAGAUAGAGCAGUUCCAGAAACGCACCCCUGAACGUUACCAUCUCCGCAGUCGCCAGACUCAUGAGAGAGGUCCAUCCCCAGUGAAGGGGGACCACCUGAAGCUCACCCAGCCUCACACCCCACACCUGAUGACCCGCCAGAGAAGCCGGCCCCCCACUGUUAAGAGCAGUGCUGAGCUGGAGGCUGAAGAGGUGGACAAACUGCACAAGUUUAAAUUCAAGGCCCUGGAGCUCAACAGGAAAAUACUGGAAAGUGCAGAGGACUUAAAGAAGCCUGAAGCCAAAGAACCCACUAUACCUGAAGGCUUCGAGCUGCAGAUUGAAAAGAGGCUCCAGGGGAGACAGGCCACCAAGAAGCCUGAGGAAGGUGAAGAGAAGUCACACAGCUUUAAAUCCCAGCCCCUGCCCAAAAAGAUCCUGGCAGGAGUGGUGGGAUUGCCAGAAAAGAAAGUCCUGCAUCCAACUGUGCCAGAGUCUCCAGCUUUUGCCCUCAAGAAGAGGGUUCGUGUGGAUCGCAAGGUCGAGGAAGUCAAACAGCCCUCGCCUAUCAAGCCUCCCCCGGUGCCUCACUUCGGCCUCCCCUUCCAGCCCCGGCUCCCAGAGAACCACCAUGUGGAGAUCUGUCCUUUCUCCUUUGAAGAGCGGGAGCGAGAGAGGAGGGCACUGAAAGAAAAGAGGCUGGAGGAGAAGCGAAAUGAAGAGGUACCCCAGUUCAAGGCUCAGCCACUGCCAGACUUUGACACCGUGGUCCUCCCUGAGAAAAAGAAGCUGGAGACCACAAAGCCUGAGCCCUUCAGACUGCUCCUAGAUGAACGUGGUGCUGUGAAGAACAGCCGCUGGGAACAGAUGGUGAAGGAAGAGCAGAAGCACCAGGAGGAAGCAGUGGUGUUCAAAGCCAGGCCCAACACGGUCACUCACAAAGAGCCUUUCCAGCCCAAAAAGGAUAGCCGACCUGCAGUUGAAGGCAUUCAUUCUUCCACAGUUGCGGGGGCCUUCGAGCUGUCGACGGAGCGGCGGGCCCGGGAGCGACAGGAGUACGAGCGACUGGCCAGCGAGAAGGAGGCUCUCAGGGCGCUCAUGGAGGAGGAGCAGAGACGGGAGGAGGAGCAGAAGGAGAAGGAGGAGAUCGCCAGGCUGCGGCAAGAACAGGUUCACAAGGCUCAGCCCAUCAGACACUACAAGCCUGUGGCAGUGAAGAAGAGUGAGAUUCCUCUCACAGUCCCUCAGUCACCAAACUUCUCUGACCGCUUCCGCUUGUGAUCCGCCUCCCACCCACCGCCCUGUACAAACAUGCAUCUUUUACCGCUUCAGAUGUUUUGUUGAAGUUUGACUCUCCAUCAGUGUUCAUCAGUAGAAUACAGACUCUGUAAAUAGACGUGUAUUUUAAAUGACUGAAGCUCUGUUUUUCUUUUCCAUGUUGAGCUUUAGAUUUUAACUCUGUGCUGUAAGGUUUUUCUCUCCCUCUUCUUGUUUUAUUAACUUUUCAUUAAAUGUUAUCAAACAUCA